AUGGAAAUGCAAAAGUCCAUGGACAAGAUGGUGAGCAAGAUCAAGAGUUUGGAGAAGAAGGUUUCUGGUUCUUCAAGCAAGAAGAAGAAGUCCAAGGCUCCCACUUUCCCUAGGAGUAGGUCACUCCUCACCACUCCAAGGAGGCUCCCUGCCCAAGAGCCUCACAGAGCCUCUUCUUUCGAGCCAAGGGAAGGAGAAGACAACACGCAGAGAAGGAGGAAGACUUCCAAGGCCAGACGCUCCAGCUCGACCACCGGACUCGAUCGAGUCCAAACAGAGGAAACUCAACUCGAUCGAGCUGACGGUCGAGCUGACCUGGAGGAGCCCCAGUUCGAGAUCCGGGAUUUGAAUACGAUCCCAGCCUUACCAGGACCUCCCCGGAGUAGAUGGAACCCCUAUGGACAGUACGAGCUACCAAUGCUCCACCAAGGCCAAGGAAGCCACACACUUUCAAGAUGA